AUGCGCUUAGCACUUCUUUUUGGCCUGGUUGGCAGUGUAAAAGCUUCUGGUGACUACUUUGAGCCCUUUCCCACUUGCGCAGAUUGUCUACCUGCGAUUGUUCACCAUGCCCCUGGGAUUGGCUUCAGUCUUUCGUUAAGUUCAGGUGCCGCUGCUGUGCACUUCUACAAUGGCACUGUUCAAAACAUUGCGUCUAUUCCUGCAACCCCGGAAUAUGCAGCACUUAUGAAGCGUCUGGCCAAUUCUCCCCCACCUCCACCACCAUCCAGAUGGGAGAAGUUGCGGCGAUCUUUCAACAAAAAGAUUGGGAGGCCAGCUACACCCGAUGUCGACAUCAUCGCCUCCAUGCUUGUGCCGCUACGCGACGUGACUUCUGCCGCAGUCGCGAGUCCCUUGGAUAGAGUCGCUGUGUCGCACUCCCGAAUCCAAGGCUUGGCAGAACCUGACCUCUGGGACGCGCUCGAAUAUGCACGUAUUCGACCGUGGGUGGCCGCUGGUCUUCCUCGUCCAAAAGUUGUGCUUCCUUUGCCCGCUGCGGGCGGUUACCCAAGCCGGCUUCUCGAGUCAUAUGCUGUUUUCGCAGGACAUGGGAAGGGCCUGUGUAAACACUACAAGAACUUCUGGCAAUGUGAGGAGGAGCAGGAUAAUGUUCCUCUGGAGGCGACUCUAGUUGUGGGUAUCAGUCCUACCGAUUUACGUGGAGAUAUUAUCAGGACUUCGUCUGCAUUUACGGAUCUCCAGCCCAGACGCGGUGACCGGGCGUUUGUAGACCUUGAACUAGGUCUAGCUGCCUCGGAGGACAAACCGGACUUCUGGGCUCUCGUGACAGAAAGAUUGCAGGGUUUCUAUGGCACAGUUCCUCAAGGAUUCCGCCUCGACACGAUCUUACUGACAGGAGAGAACGCAACACAUCCGGCUUUUCUUCAAGCCUUGCGAAGCGCGCUCGUAGGUAACGGGUACCUGCAGAAAGAAAGCGACAGCCGGGGGAAACCUUUAAUUCAUGAGGGAGUGGCAGGAAUUGAACCUGUCUUUGCUAGUGCUAGAGGCGCAGCUCAAUAUGCAAGAUGGAGACAGGAGGCGCCAAUCGGGUGUGAAGAACAGGACAGGUGCGAGGAAGAAAGGAGGAGGCAAUGCAAGCAUGCCGAGCUGAGGUAA